AUGUGUGGAAGAGGAAGGUGUACUCUGCGACCGGAUGCCAUUGCUCAGGCCUGCCAUUUCAACUCUCGCCCCAUCCGCCAUGUCGACAUCGAUCGGUAUCGGCCGUCGUACAACGUCGCGCCGGGGUUCAACGUGCCGGUAGUUCGACUAGGCGACGGCGACGGCGACGGCUUCGUUUCGCACUGCAUGAAAUGGGGACUGGUUCCUAAGGAAACUGAUGAAAUCGAUCACUUUAAGAUGGUGUGCGCAUUUGAGAGAGACUUGAUUAAUGCUGUAACUUCUAAUUUUGACUUACUACAUUUGUGCAUUUCAAUGCGAGGUGUGAAUCGAUAUGAGAGGAGCCAUCCUUUCGUCGACUUCUUCCAAAGAACAGGUGUUUGGUAUCGUUUGAAGGGAGAAACGCUUUACACCUUCACCAUUAUCACAACUUCAUCCUCGUCAUCUCUGGAAUGGCUUCAUGGUUUGUUCCUUCCCCCCUUGCAGUGA